UCUCUCUCUCUCUCUCUCCUUCUCUUCUUCACUCAUUUUCUCAAAUUUGAAUUUUCUCUUUGUUUUUCCUUUUGGAAGGAAGAAGAAAAUGUUUGAGCCGCAACGCUUCGUGGAUUUACAAGAGAAUUCGAGUUUCGGGGACCCCAAAUCCUGGCUUUCCGGCGAUAAUCACAACAUCAUGAACGGCGGCAACUCGUCCCGAGCUCAGUCCUCACUCACUUACUCUAAUGCCAAUUUGGAUCGCGUCCUUUACAACGAUCUCGUCGAGAUGAUCCCUCUCGUUCAGUCCCUCAUUGAGCAGAAAGCAAACAAUUCAUUUACAAGGCGUGGUUCGAUGAUAUACACCAAAACCCCUUCCAGGGAAUCCCUAUCUCGAAAAGUUAGCGACAUAAAAGGGAGGAUGAGAAAGAAAAAAGAUCAAGCGGACAAGAGUGGUAAUAAUAAUCAGGAUGGUGACAACUACUCAAUAGUUUCUUCAGAGGCUUUGGCUACAGAAAAAGUAAAUGAAGAGUUAAUUUCGUUGAGGGAACAACUGGAGGAUCUGCAACGAAAGUUGUUCGAGAAGGAUGAGCUUUUGAAAUCAGCAGAGAUUUCAAAGAAUGAGAUCAAUGAUGUUCACACGGAACUUGAUAGACUGAAGCGACAUGCCGUGGAGAAGGACUCUCUAAUCAAAUCUAUUCAGCUGCAACUCUCUGAUGCCAAGAUUAAACUUGCAGACAAGCAGGCUGCCCUGGAAAAGGCGCGGUGGGAAGCAAUGACAUCGAAGCAACAGGUGGAGAAGCUGCAGAAUAAUAUUGACUCUAUGCGAGGAGAAUUUUCAACGUUUAUGACGUUUAUAAAUGGUUUGACAAAGAAUAAUCCCACUACAGAUGCUGAUGAUUAUGAGCUAGAACCAUACCAUUUGGAUCCUCUCCCUUAUAUAGAUGAUCUUGAUGACAAGGAGAUGCUGAAAAUGGAAGAAGCAAAGCAAGCUUAUCUUGUUGCACUUGCUGCUACAAAAGAGAAGCAAGAUGAAGAAUCCAUGACAGCUGCAGCCAGUGCAAGGUUAUGUCUUCAAUCUUUCCUUUUCAGAUCAGAAAAAUGAGGAAUGAAGCAAUAGCAAUCCAUGUAUACAUGUCAUGUCAUGUGUUUUGUUUCGCAUUAGCUGUGUAGAACAUAAACACGACACAAAUGUGUAUGAAACAUGUCAUGUCAAUUACGUUACAAUUGUUUAAAUGUCUCAUGUCAUGUUGUGCCUUAUUAUGCUGGUUUCAUGUUUUUGUUAAACGUGUCUUGGUCAGAACUGACGGCUCUUUGGUUGAAGCGUUCCACGCGAGCUCAUUGAUGAUGUAUUUGCAGUAUUGAUUUCGUA